GAUCAUGGUUAAAAGUCAAAUACUAAUAAAAUAGGCCUUAGACGCUUGGCAGUAAUUCACCAUGUGUCGGUGCACCAUAACUCUUUCGAUUUUUGUUCUGUUAUGUGGACUUGUGACCGCCUUGUCUCCCUCAGCAGACGAUCCAUGUGUCAGCCUCGAGAAAAGCCCUUUUGAAAUGUGCAUGAAAGCGGGUUAUGACAAAACUGUACCCUUUCCCGAAGAUUUCACGGAAACACUGCAACAAGAAACAGCUCUGGAAAUGAAAGAGUUCUUUAAACAGGUGAGGAAUUGUUCAACGAACGGUCUCGCAGAAACCAUAGAGUGUUCCUUUGUCGCUCCUAAGUGCAACUCUCUCGGAGAACCUGUGUAUCCAUGUAAACAAGUCUGCGCGGAAUUCCUGAAGCAGUGUGAACUUGAGCUGUCUGAUUUCACUCUGGAUUUUUUCAUCUCUUCGUGUCUCGUGCUUUCAAAUGGUUCCUCAAGCUGCGAUCGAUGCUAUACGCCCCCAAACUUCAUUACCAAUGCAAGUCAACCGGGCCCGUUGGAUCGAGGCUGCCAAGAGCUCAUUAUCCCAGCGUGCAAAAACUUGGGCGCCUAUAAUAAUACCCUUAUCUCGGUCCCAGUUCAGGAGGAGCUGUACUUGUGGUUUUACGAAAAAGAUUAUGCCGAGGAGAGUGCAGAAACAGACUUUCCCGAGAUCGCACGAAAGAUGUUUGAGCAAUACCCAAAGUGCCAGGAAAACAUAAAGAAGUUGUUCUGUGGAGAGUAUUUGCCGCCAUGUUUUCCAGAUGAAGAUCCUCGGUUGUAUAGUCUGUGUCAACCUCUUUGUGAUCAGAUUGCCACAGACUGCCCAGGUUUUUUCAGUCAUGACUUGAUGGGUGCCGAGUAUUGCAGCACAAUGGCAAGAGGACAAACGAAGCACGGUUACUGUCAAAGUACCGACUGGCCAGCGGCAUUCAGCUGGGUUCGCUAUAUGGAAGCGACGAUGUCCCCAAGCGCGGUCCCUGAAAGCAAUGGACUCAAAGCUUGGUCCAUAAUUUUAGCCGUCUUGUUACCUCUACUAAUUGUGGGUAUCGUUGUGGGACUGGUUGUGGCACGUGUGGUCUGGUGGAAAAAGAGUGGUGGAGCUGGGGCAGCUUACUCUAAUUAUUAUAAGAAGCAAUCUCAUGACAUUCUCCCGCUGGAAACUGACGAUAGCGUGGAUUCCUCGACGGUGUAAGCAGCUACUACAUGCCGUCACUCCGUAACAACGAUUAAAAUUAAACUAUAAUAUUUAGAGAGGAAACCACAUCAGUCUUAGUUCACGCGGGUCCUCUAUCCUGGUUGAAUUAGAAUUUGGAGA